GUAGGAUUUGGCACCCGAAGCAGAAAUCUGAAGCCAUGGAUGAUUGCCGUUCUCAUUGUGUUGUCCCUGACAGUGGUGGCAGUGACCAUAGGUCUCCUGGUUCACUUCCUAGUAUUUGACCAAAAAAAGGAGUACUAUCAUGGCUCCUUUAAAAUUUUAGAUCCACAAAUCAAUAACAAUUUCGGACAAAGCAACACAUACCAACUUAAGGACUUACGAGAGACGACUGAAAAUUUGGUGGAUGAGAUAUUUAUAGAUUCAGCCUGGAAGAAAAACUAUAUCAAGAACCAAGUAGUCAGACUGACUCCAGAGGAAGAUGGUGUGAAAGUAGAUGUCAUUAUGGUGUUCCAGUUCCCCUCUACUGAACAAAGGGCAGUAAGAGAGAAGAAAAUCCAAAGCAUCUUAAAUCAGAAGAUAAGGAAUUUAAGAGCCUUGCCAAUAAAUGCCUCAUCAGUUCAAGUUAAUGCAAUGAGCUCAUCAACAGGGGAGUUAACUGUCCAAGCAAGUUGUGGUAAACGAGUUGUUCCAUUAAACGUCAACAGAAUAGCAUCUGGAGUCAUUGCACCCAAGGCGGCCUGGCCUUGGCAAGCUUCCCUUCAGUAUGAUAACAUCCAUCAGUGUGGGGCCACCUUGAUUAGUAAUACAUGGCUUGUCACUGCAGCACACUGCUUCCAGAAGUAUAAAAAUCCACAUCAAUGGACUGUUAGUUUUGGAACAAAAAUCAACCCUCCCUUAAUGAAAAGAAAUGUCAGAAGAUUUAUUAUCCAUGAGAAGUACCGCUCUGCAGCAAGAGAGUACGACAUUGCUGUUGUGCAGGUCUCUUCCAGAGUCACCUUUUCGGAUGACAUACGCCGGAUUUGUUUGCCAGAAGCCUCUGCAUCCUUCCAACCAAAUUUGACUGUCUACAUCACAGGAUUUGGAGCACUUUACUAUGGUGGGGAAUCCCAAAAUGAUCUCCGAGAAGCCAGAGUGAAAAUCAUAAGUGAUGAUGUCUGCAAGCAACCACAGGUGUAUGGCAAUGAUAUAAAACCUGGAAUGUUCUGUGCCGGAUAUAGGGAAGGAAUUUAUGAUGCCUGCAGGGGUGAUUCUGGGGGACCUUUAGUCACAAGGGAUCUGAAAGAUACCUGGUAUCUCAUUGGAAUUGUAAGCUGGGGAGAUAACUGUGGUCAAAAGGACAAGCCUGGAGUCUACACACAAGUGACUUAUUACCGAAACUGGAUUGCUUCAAAAACAGGCAUCUAAUUCACGAUAAAAGUUAAACAAAGAAAGCUGUAUGCAGGUCAUAUAUGCAUGAGAAUUCAACUAUUUAGUGGGUGUAGUACAACAAAGUGAUAUUAAAUUACUGGAUCUAGUAACACGAAACACACAACGUAAGUUAUUUAGAAUCACUUUAAUCAACCAAUAAUCCUUAGCCAAUUUAUAAGGGACUUUUAUUUGUAAAGUAAUGGAUCUGGCUUGAAAAAUAUGGUAGAGAUACUUAGCUCUUUAAAUCACGAAUGUUGAAGUACCAGUGAGACUCAAUACAUAUUUUUGAAGAUAGUCCAUGGGAUUUUUAGAUUGUCGUUGUCAAGGGUCUCCUUUUAACUGAGAAACUUUUUGAACUCACAAAGUGUUCAAGAAACCCUUGUAUAAUUCCCUACAUUUCUCUCGAGCUCACAAAUACUUUUUUUUUCUUUUUCCUUAUUCAAUCAGAUUUUUCAAAGUACCUUUCCACCAUAGGAAAUGAAUUUUCUACUUCUACACCCAUUUGAGAGACACCAAUAAAAGAAAGUCAUAUGUAGGAAACAAAGUCUGAUAGUAAAACAAGCCAGAGAUCUUCUAACUUUUUUUAGUUAUAAAACCUCUAAUUUUUUGGUGACUUUUCUACACACACACACACACACACACACACACAUACACACAGUCACAUAGAUAUUCUUAUCCUACAGAUAUAAUCAGAAAAAUCCCGAUUAAUGAAUUAUAUAUAGAUAGAUAGAGUGAUUCGUUAAUCAAAACUAUGUAUUUGUUAAAAAUUUGGGAGAAGGUGAUGGUAAUUUCAUUAGUCCCAAAACACCGGCAUAAGAAAUUUGACGUUUCACAGAUGCACUUACAUAUUUUGACCACAAGGGAGAAAUUUUGUGCAUUAUUAUUGUAGGGUUAAACGCCUGAAAAAAAUAAGCAUUUACUAAUACCUUGAAAAAUCAAAGAACAUUAUCUUCCUCUGUAGCAAGAAAAAUUUUAUGCCCUCGCAUUGCUACAGCCAAAUAGCUUAUAAGGCUUAUGGCAAUGUCCCAACUAUUGCAAUCAUAAAACCCUAGUUUUAGAAAAAUUUGAAAAUAAAUAUAAAAUUUGAGCACCUACUGCAUAUAACACAUGUGGCUAUAACAUAUAACAUAUAGUAUGUUUUCUCUUUUGGACCACUUUGUUAUAUGUGGUCCACAAGAGAAAACAUACUCCAUCAGCAACGUGUCUCCUGAAGUCAUUAGGAGAGUAAGGCUCAUGUAUUUUGUAAUACAAUUAAAUUAAGGCUUUAUGGAAGCAAUUAUUCUGCUUGGCAAUGCCUGUGAAAUAUUAUGGUCUGCAGGCUGGGGAGUCAUUUACUCAUUUAGCCCAUAUAUAAGACAAAUCAUUGGAACGAUGAACUUGCUUUAUAAUAAUUUCCCUCACAUGCUAUUGAGAAGGCAUGAAAAUAAUCCUAAAAUAUCUAAAAGAGAUAUGCAGUCACUCAUAAAACACUUGAUUCAUAAUUUAGACUCAUAGAAUUUUAAAGCUGAGAAGAGAUUGCAUGUCACAUAGGCCAAUAUACUUAUGUUAUGUUUAAGAGAACUGAAGCCAGAAAACAUAAAUGACUCAAUGAAGCAAUAGGUAGUCUGAAUCAACAAUGGGCCUAGAACACAGGUACCAGUUUCACCUUCCCUUUUUCUUACAAAGUAUCUUUAUUAUUGCCUAUUUUUAUUGAAUCAUCAGAUCUAUAAAAUUUUAAGUGAGAGCUAUUGAACCUGUAUUAAGGUAGAAAACUCUUAAGAUAAGAAUUUUAAAUGAUGAGAUUCAUUUAGGCAGCUGGCUGCCAAUUCUCUGAAUUCACUUCAAGACAAAGUUUCUUCUUCAUAUAUAAAUAUUCAUAGGCAUAUAAAUUAUUCUAUAUUAUGGUGGUAAAACUUAAUGCUGACUUUGGAUGUUCAGAUUCAGGAAAUGAUCUUAGAAUUAUAAACUUUGUAUUUUUAAACUAUUUGGUGCAGCAUUUCAUUUUGGGUCACAUGUAAGCAGAUAUUGAUAUGUCAUUUUUAAUCUAAUAAAGUUGGUGAUC